UCACAAAAAACAUACUUUAGAUUUAGACUUGACAGUACAUUUAAUACGUUGUGGUUAUAUUUCUUGUAUAUAACGACCUCAAACUAGAACAUAAAGGACACCAUCUUUUCUUUUUCUCUCUAGCUCUCUUUAUCCUCUUUACCAAAAACCAAAGGCAAGAACCAUGAAUGUUAUGGUAGAAAGAUCAAGAAUCAUCAAGCCUUUAUAUGACACAAAUUCUCAUCUAGCAGCAACGCAUAUUCCCCUUUCGGUCUUUGAUAAAGUCACUUUUGAUGCUCAUAUCGCAGCAAUCUAUGCAUAUCACCCACCCACCCCACCAACCUGCGUCAUUGAAUUAGGACUCCAAAAAGCUUUAGCCAUUUAUCCGGAAAUGGCAGGAAGACUAGGCAAAGAUGAAAAUGGUAAUUCUGUCAUUUUUCUCAAUGAUAAGGGUGUUAGAUUUAUUGAAGCUAAAGUGGAGAGUGCACUUGAUCAUUCAAUACUCCUCAAGCCUUCACCUGUUUUGCUUACCUUACACCCUACCUUUAAAGAUGAGGAUGAUGUGAUACAAAUUCAAAUCACUAGAUUCACUUGUGGUUCCAUGGUUAUUGGAUUUGGAAUCCACGACCAAGUGGCGGAUGGCCGUUCCGUCAGUAGCUUUUUGGUGGCAUGGGGCCGAGUCACUCGAGAGCUCGGAGUCAAUCCCCUUCCUUUUCGUGAUCGUACUGUUGACACCCCUAGAAGUCUUCCAUUUAUCGAGUAUGAGCACGAGGGUGCAGAGUUUAUGUCGAAGCGAGUGAAAAUAGAAUAUUUACUCGACGAAACUCUUCAAAUCCAAAAGGAUGUAGUUGUAGAAAAUUUUCAUUUCACUCAAGAAUUUCUCACCAAGCUCAAGGCAAUCGCUUCCUCCAAGAAUGUCCAAGACAAGCCUUACAGCACUUUCCAAAGCCUUGUGGCCCAUUUAUGGAGGGUUAUGACUCGAGCUCGCAACCUACAUGGUUCAGAAACUACCCUUAUAAGAAUCGCGAUCGAUGGACAUAUGAGAUUAAUCCCUCGAGCAUCGGACGAGCACUUUGGAGUCCUCUGGGCAUUACCAACAGCAAAAGUGGAGGACCUUUUGUGCGAGCCUCUUCCACAUGCAACAAAGCUCAUUCACGAUGCCAUCAUAAAAGUAAAAAAAGACUACUUUAGGUCAAUUGUUGACUUUGCAGAUGACGAGGCGAUUGAGGGAGAUCUCAUCCCCACAACAAACACGAACAAGCCCAUAUUUUUACCUGAUUUGGAAGUUGAGAGUUGGUUGAGUUUUCCAGCUCAUAACCUAGAUUUUGGGACAGGUGGCCCUUUCUCUUUCAUGCCAUCUUUUUACUCAGUUGAAGGCAUGAUAUUGCUUGUGCCAUCAUCCACUAGAGAAGGAGGAAUUGAUGCUUUCAUUCCUCUACUCAAAGACAACUUGCCAACAUUCAGGAAAUUUUGUUAUGCUAUAGAUUUCAUGCAGCCCGAUUAAUGAUCUAUUAUUCAUAGUUUGAUGUGUUACAUCUAAAAUUUAGAACAAAAGUAAUGUUCUCAUGUUAUUUUGGUCAUGUUAUCUUUAAUUAAGUGGUAUUUUUAAAG